AUGACAUCUCACAGAGCCGAUGCCAGCAAUCUGCUUGACAACCGAGGCUACUCCGGUCCACUAGUACGUGGCGUGAACCCUGCCACGCUCUUCGAGAAAGCUGUCCGCGACCGCAUCACAGACUCCUACUACUGGAAGGAACAGUGCUUUGGAUUGAAUGCGGCAACAUUAUGCGAUCGUGCCGUUGAACUAACAUCCAUCGGUGGUACAUACGGCACAUCCGAGAAACCGUCCCCGUUCCUAUGUCUCGCAUUCAAGCUCCUCCAACUCAACCCCGAACGCGACGUGGUGCUAGAAUAUCUCAAUUUCAGUGACCCCGAACUCGACACGAAUGAGGCAGAAGGAGAAACCGCAGCAGGGGAACGGGAGCAAAACAGUGUCCUCAAGCAGCGUGGGGACUUCAAAUAUCUCCGCGCUCUAGCGGCGUUUUACGUGCGGUUGACCUUCGAGCCCGUAGAAGUGUAUAAGACACUAGAACCGCUUCUUCUCGAUUACCGGAAGCUCAAACGACGGAUCCGCGACUCUUUUACUUUGACUCAUGUGGACGCGUUCAUCGAUGAUCUCUUGACCAAGGAUCGCGUGUGCGGUACAAGUCUGUGGAAGUUGCCCUCCCGGCAACAGCUCGAGGAUCUAGAUCUGUUGGAGGAGCGGGAAAGCCCAUUAGCAGCAGAGCUGGAGGAAAUGGACCGGAGCGAUGAUGGGAACGAUCGUGCGAGCGAGUCUCGAUCCGAUGAUGACUGAGUUCGUUCGUCUGGCGGUGUGAAGCCACAUUAUUAUCCUCCUUCCCUUAUCUGCUGCGGUAGCUAUCACGAUAGCGCUGUUCUACCUCUUCAUGGCUCUGCAUAGCCAAAGCAUAGCGUGCUUCGAGGUUGGUCCAACCUGAUCGCACCAACCGGAUCGCACCGUGG